UUUUAUCCAACACACAACAAAUAGCCUUUGAAUCAAUUUGAUCACCUCAUUUACAAUGUAUAUUGUUAGUGCUCAAUUGAGGUCGAUUUAAAAAUGAAAAAGAGAUGAAUCCGGUUUCAAAAAUAGAGAAAUCAUGUUUUUCUUUGGCAGGGAUGUACAUGAUUCAGAAAACAACUGUGUUUCAAUUUUUAUUUUUAGUGUCCACUGCACAUGGCCGUUAUAUGAACGAAGCAAAGACCGUGACUAUUUUUAAUUCAAGCCCAUUUUGUGCGUGAUUCACUGAACAGUUUAAAGUGAAUUUAAUAGCCUCGUUUAUUUAGAGGGAAUAUGACUUAGCAAUAAUUUGGAUUACGGCUAAUUAAUAUAAUUUCGGAUAACUUUUAAGAGGAUAAUUUCGGAUAUAACUUUUCUUGUUGAAUCUCGAUUAGAUAAAAAAGAAAAGCUGUUGUUUGAGAUGGAUUAUCGGUUCGUUCUAGUUUUCGCCCUGAUGGUUCUACCACCAGCCUAUGGUGGGGUGGACAACUCGGGGACUGAGUUCAUACUAAUGUUUUUGGAAAACAGUCUGAGAGCGACUGAUCCGACAGGAGCUGAUGGCAGAAUUCGCUUAUUUGUUACCUCUAGAAAGUCUACACCGGUGAACGUAUCAAUUUCUUGCGAAGCCAUCGGAUUUAGCGGAUCAUAUACAGUAAUGGAUGAGCAGUUUCAAACGGUCGAGGUUGAUACAAGUAUACGCCUUACUGAAACAGAGAAAGUUGCUGACAAAGGGCUACUCAUCACCGCCGAUGAUGAAAUAAGUGUAUACAUUGUCAACAUGGAAGGCCUAAGUGUCGAUGGGUCGUUGAUCAUACCAACUGAAGCACUUGGCACUGAGUACAUCACGACUACGUGGACACCCGAGAGAAGGACCAGUUUGUUUGGAAUAGCAGGGACGCUUGACUCAACCAAUGUUGUUAUUAAAUCUACCCAAGAAAUCACCUUUGAUGGUACAACUCACGCUGCCGGGACAAACAUCUCUUUAACGCUAGAUCGCCUGGAGGCGUUCCAAGCCUCAAGUGAAUCCGAUUUUUCGGGAACUGAAAUAUAUUCCGAUCAACCCAUCGCUGUUUUCUCUGGAAAUAAGAAGACCAGGGUUACAGACGGAGCAUCGAGCAAUACUGCUGACCAUCUGGAGGAGAUGUUGGUUCCAAUUACGCAAUGGGGAAAAGAAUUUUACACAACCCCCACACCGGGUACCACCACGAGAGGACAUUAUAUAAGGCUUACAGCAGGAGAAGAUGCAGUGAACUAUUGGGUGACGGGGACGAGUGACUUCUCAAGUAAUGGAACACUAACCAAUAAGGCAGAUUUUGCAGAUAUAACGGUACCAGCGGCGACCUACGUAAGCAUAAUAUCGGACAAACCCAUCAGUGCUUUCAAGUUCAUACUCAGUCAGACAACAGGAACGACCGAAGCGGCUGAUCCAGCUAUGAUAAUGCUUGUCCCAACAGUCCAAUGGAAAACUGCCUACACCGUUAUCAGCCCACCAGCGGCUUCCGGAACCUACGAACACUAUUUGGCAAUCGUUGUUGAAAGUGGGCGCGAAGAUACACUAGUACAUGACAACGAGGCGUUUAAUGUCACCGAUUACCCUUGGAACAGUAUACCUGGAACAAAUUAUGUUGGGACUUGGAUACCUGUAGCGGAAGGUGCCCAUACACUUUCUAACACUGACAGUAUUGGCCAAUUCUCUGGUUACCUGUAUGGAAAGCAGUUAGCGGAAUCCUAUGGCUUUCCCCUAGGAAUGAGGAACGAGUUAUCUAACGCACCCUGCGUGGUGACGGCGAGUGUGAUAGGCGAUGGCACAGAUAAUGACUGUGACGGAAGGGUAGACGAGGAAAAUUGUGCAGCCGAUCCCGCAGAUGACGACGGGGACGGAAACGAAGACGAGGAUUGCGCAGCACCCCAUUGUGGUACACCACCAAGCGACGCGAACGCUAAUAUUACGGGGACUAACUACAACUAUCCUGAAUCGAUCACGUACACAUGCCAUGAGAACUGCACUAUCCAGGGGACAGAAGAUACUAGCGAGAGUAUUCAGUGUCAAUCGGACGGCACAUGGACUGCUCACACCCCAUGUGAUUGCUCUGGCGA